GCGUGCGACGAUCCGAGAUUUGAGGAUCUCAUGAUUCGGAGCGUUUUGGUUAUGAUGGAACACGUGUCCGCAUUUGCUUUUGAUACUUCCUAAAAUUAAAUUGUGUACAAUUAUAUUUCUAGACAGAAAUAUAAGAGAAAAAAAGGAGUGCUUUUAUAACGUUAAGGGCAAUAAAUUAACAAUUUGAAAAAUGGCUUUAUAUAAUUUCAAGAAGAUUGCGGUUGUACCACCUGCUAAGGACUUUAUCGAUAUAAUUUUAUCGAAAACACAACGCAAGACACCGACAGUUGUUCACAAGCAAUAUAAAAUCACGAGAAUACGUGCAUUUUAUACGCGAAAGGUCAAAUUUACUCAGCAGAACUUUCACGAUAGAUUAUCUCAAAUAAUACAAGAAUUUCCCAAGUUGGAUGAUGUUCAUCCCUUCUAUGCUGACUUAAUGAAUGUUUUAUAUGAUAAAGAUCAUUAUAAGUUAGCUCUUGGACAGAUAAAUAUUGCCAGGCAUCUAAUUGACAAUGUGGCGAAAGAUUAUGUUCGUCUAUUAAAGUAUGGAGAUUCAUUAUAUCGAUGCAAGCAGUUAAAGAAAGCUGCUUUAGGUCGAAUGGCCACUAUUAUGAAAAAGCAAGCAGCUAAUUUAACAUAUCUUGAACAAGUUCGUCAACACUUAGCUCGAUUACCAAGUAUAGAUCCUUAUACACGCACAAUAAUUAUAUGUGGUUUUCCAAAUGUUGGCAAAAGCAGCUUUAUUAAUAAAAUUACUCGUGCUGAUGUAGAAGUUCAACCAUACGCAUUCACAACAAAAUCCUUAUAUGUGGGACAUACUGAUUAUAAAUACUUACGAUGGCAAGUAAUAGAUACACCUGGAAUAUUGGAUCACCCACUAGAAGAGAGAAAUGUUAUAGAAAUGCAAGCAGUGACUGCUCUUGCUCACUUACGAGCUGCUAUUCUUUAUUUUUUCGACUUAUCUGAGCAAUGUGGUCAUAGUUUAGAAGAACAAGUAAAACUGUUUGAAUCCAUAAAACCAUUGUUUACAAAUAAACCUCUGAUAAUAGUAUUAAACAAAACGGACAUUAUACGUUUAAAUGAUUUAUCCUUGGAAAAGAGAGCUGUUCUAAAAUCACUUGAGGAUGAUACAAACAUACCUAUGUUAGAAAUGAGCACUGUCACCGAUUUCGGUGUGAUGGAAGUAAAACUAGAGGCUUGUGAACGAUUAUUAGCUUUCAGGGUUGAUCAAAAAAUUAAGACUAAAAAGGUUGAAGGUCUUCUUAAUCGAUUACACAUUGCUCAACCAAGAAGAAUAGAUCCCAACCGUGUCCCAUGCAUACCAGAAAGUGUUUUAAAGAAAAGACAGAUUGCUGCAGAGAAAUCUGAAAGAAAACGCAAACUGGAGAGGGAAAUAGAAGAAGAGAUGGGAGACGAUUAUAUACUCGAUCUGAAAAAGAAUUACGAUAUCGAGGGAGAUGAAAAAUACGACAUCAUACCAGAGAUUUGGGAAGGUCAUAAUAUAGCGGAUUACAUAGAUCCUGAAAUAUUUGAAAAAUUGAAUCAAUUGGAGAGGGAAGAACAUUUGAGAGAAGAAGCCGGUAUGUACGAUUACAAGGUACCUGAAUUGUCAGAAACGAUGCGCGAAAUUAAACAGCUGGCGAAGCAGAUUCGGGAGAAGAAGAUUAUCAUGAAGGACGAGGCGCGGAUAAUGAAAGCUUCCACGAAGCCAGUUAUGCCACGUACAGCUGCAGCCAAGGUCCGCGACCGAUCGGUCGCGAAACUGAAGGGACAAAUGGAAGAUUUGGGUGUGGAUAUGGAAGAUAUUGAAAAUGCACACUUUAAACGAACGAGAGCACGAUCCAGAUCGCGUUCGGAACCUUCUAGAAAACGUAUGCGCUUGGAGUCGGUGUCACAAUCGCGUGCCCGUAGUAUGUCAAGACCACCACGAGAUGAAAUGGGUGUUAAAGAUGUAACGAUGAAAUCCAAAUUGAAGAAUAUAGCACACAAGGCAUUGAAGAAAAAGAUAGCAAAGAAGGGUCUCAAAGGCGAAGCUGAUCGUUUCAUUGGAAAUAAAAUGCCGAAACACUUAUUUUCUGGUAAAAGAGGAGUUGGCAAAACGGAUAGAAGAUAAAGUUAAUUAUUUUAAUUUUACAUACAAACAAUUAAUUUUCUUCUUAUUCUC